GUAGUGCCUUGCGGUACCUCUAUGUGUCUCUUCUGCUACUGAAAAAAGAGCUAAGCCCAUGCAGCAGCUUGGAGUCUUGAGUAACAUCACGCCUCUGCCCCACAAGGAUUAAAGAGCAAACGGAGACUCAAAUGGGUUUAGGCAUCGCCUGCAGCUUGUGUGACAGUCGCAGCCGGGUCAGGUGAAAAGAUCGCUGUAAUUGACAGAAGCGUUAGCCUCACUCACUAUCUUUGUUUUUUAAACUGCAUCAACAAUGAAGCAAUGAUAUCUGAGAACAAAAGAACAUUUGCCAACUAACUGUCAUCACAAUUUUAAGUGAUUGUAUAAGCAGAGACAAGCUGUAACAGACCUAUGUGUCAGUUAUUAUAGAGAGAAUGCAUUCUUCUGGUGCUGUUUAUUUAGCAGCAAUUCUAGUAUAGAACAUUUGGAUUAUAUAUAUUUCUGUCAGAUGAAAUAAAAAUGAGUGAAACCCCCAGAUUCUUUGUCGGGCCUGAAGAUGCAGAAAUAAACCCUGGAAAUUAUCGACAUUUCUUUCACCAUACAGAUGAUGAUGAAGACGAGGAAGAUGAAUCUCCACCAGAAAGGCAGAUUGUUGUUGGAAUAUGUUCUAUGGCAAAGAAAUCCAAAUCCAAACCAAUGAAGGAAAUUCUUGAACGGAUCUCUUUAUUUAAAUAUAUCACAGUAGUAGUGUUUGAAGAAGAAGUAAUUUUGAACGAACCAGUGGAAAACUGGCCUUUAUGUGAUUGCCUUAUUUCUUUCCAUUCUAAAGGGUUUCCACUGGACAAAGCAGUUGCCUAUGCAAAACUCAGGAAUCCAUUUGUAAUCAAUGACUUGAAUAUGCAGUAUCUCAUACAAGAUAGGAGAGAAGUAUAUAGUAUUCUUCAAGCUGAAGGUAUUUUACUUCCUCGAUAUGCAAUUUUGAACCGUGACCCAAAUAAUCCCAAAGAAUGCAAUCUGAUCGAAGGCGAAGAUCAUGUAGAAGUAAAUGGGGAAGUUUUCCAAAAGCCAUUUGUAGAAAAGCCAGUUAGUGCAGAAGAUCAUAAUGUUUACAUUUAUUAUCCGACUUCUGCUGGUGGUGGAAGUCAAAGACUUUUUCGAAAGAUUGGCAGUAGAAGUAGUGUUUAUUCUCCAGAAAGCAAUGUACGAAAAACUGGUUCAUAUAUAUAUGAAGAAUUUAUGCCCACAGAUGGUACUGAUGUUAAGGUUUAUACGGUGGGUCCAGAUUAUGCCCAUGCUGAAGCUCGGAAAUCUCCAGCACUCGAUGGCAAGGUGGAACGAGAUAGUGAAGGGAAAGAAGUAAGAUACCCUGUGAUUCUCAAUGCACGAGAAAAAUUAAUUGCUUGGAAAGUCUGUCUGGCGUUUAAGCAAACAGUAUGUGGCUUUGAUCUCUUACGGGCCAAUGGACAAUCCUAUGUCUGUGAUGUCAAUGGCUUCAGUUUUGUGAAAAAUUCCAUGAAGUAUUAUGAUGACUGUGCAAAAAUACUUGGCAAUAUUGUAAUGCGAGAACUUGCUCCACAAUUUCAUAUCCCUUGGUCAAUACCCUUAGAAGCUGAAGAUAUACCUAUUGUACCAACUACUUCUGGAACUAUGAUGGAACUUAGAUGUGUCAUUGCUGUCAUACGUCAUGGGGAUCGAACACCAAAACAAAAAAUGAAAAUGGAAGUGAGGCAUCAAAAGUUUUUUGAUCUUUUUGAAAAGUGUGAUGGUUAUAAAUCUGGGAAAUUAAAACUCAAAAAGCCCAAGCAGUUACAGGCAAUGCUGGAUAUUUCACGGCAACUGCUUAUGGAGUUGGGGCAAAAUAAUGAUUCUGAAAUUGAAGAGAACAAGUCAAAACUUGAACAACUUAAGACUGUAUUAGAGAUGUAUGGCCAUUUUUCUGGAAUAAAUCGCAAAGUUCAGUUAACUUAUCUCCCUCAUGGUUGUCCUAAAACAUCCAGUGAAGAGGAAGACAGCCGAAGAGAGGAACCAUCUUUACUUCUGGUUCUAAAAUGGGGAGGAGAACUAACCCCUGCAGGCAGGGUACAGGCUGAAGAACUUGGAAGAGCUUUCAGGUGUAUGUAUCCUGGAGGUCAAGGAGAUUAUGCAGGAUUUCCGGGUUGUGGUUUACUUAGACUACAUAGCACGUAUCGACAUGACCUCAAAAUAUAUGCUUCUGAUGAAGGACGAGUCCAGAUGACUGCAGCUGCUUUUGCAAAGGGACUAUUAGCUCUAGAAGGCGAGCUUACCCCCAUUCUUGUGCAAAUGGUAAAAAGUGCAAAUAUGAAUGGUCUUUUGGAUAGUGAUAGUGACUCUUUGAGCAGCUGUCAGCAACGUGUGAAAGCAAGACUUCAUGAGAUACUUCAGAAAGACAGAGAUUUUACUUCUGAGGAUUAUGAAAAGCUUACUCCAUCUGGAAGCAUGUCUCUUAUCAAAUCAAUGCAUUUAAUUAAAAAUCCCGUGAAGACCUGUGACAAAGUUUAUUCUUUGAUACAAAGUUUGACUUCUCAGAUCAGACAUCGAAUGGAAGAUCCCAAAUCUUCAGAUAUUCAGCUUUACCAUAGUGAAACAUUAGAACUUAUGCUACGUAGAUGGUCCAAGUUGGAGAAAGACUUUAAGACAAAGAAUGGAAGAUACGACAUUAGUAAAAUCCCUGAUAUAUAUGACUGUAUAAAAUACGAUGUCCAGCAUAACAGUUCCUUGAAAUUAGAAAACACGAUGGAAUUGUAUAGGCUUUCAAAGGCCUUAGCAGAUAUUGUUAUCCCUCAGGAAUAUGGCAUAACUAAAGCUGAAAAACUGGAGAUUGCCAAAGGCUACUGUACUCCUCUAGUGAGGAAAAUUCGUUCGGACCUUCAGAGGACCCAAGAUGACGAUACUGUAAAUAAACUCCAUCCUGUAUAUUCCAGAGGUGUUUUGUCUCCAGAUCGUCAUGUCCGUACCAGAUUAUAUUUCACCAGUGAAAGCCAUGUACAUUCUUUAUUAUCUAUUCUUCGCUAUGGUGCCUUAUGCAAUGAAUCAAAGGAUGAACAGUGGAAACGUGCUAUGGAUUAUUUAAAUGUUGUCAAUGAACUCAACUACAUGACUCAGAUUGUUAUCAUGCUUUAUGAAGACCCUAAUAAGGAUCUCUCCUCAGAGGAGCGCUUUCAUGUUGAAUUACACUUUAGUCCAGGGGCCAAAGGAUGUGAGGAAGACAAAAAUUUACCAUCUGGCUAUGGAUAUAGACCAGCUUCAAGAGAGAAUGAAGGCAGGAGAUCUUUCAAAGUUGAUGAUGAUGAGCCGCAUACUUCUAAAAAAGAUGAAACUGAUCGAGCUGUGCUGUUGUUUAAACCUCUGGUCUCUGAGCCAAUUCAUAUACACAGAAAAUCCCCGCUUCCCCGAUCUAGGAAGAUAACUGCAACUGAAGUAAAUUAUUCAAGUAAAACCUUGAAGACUUUUUCCAGCGACCACCAUCUCCAUGGAUAUCAGAAGUUUGUACUUCCCAAAGACAUACAGAGAAAAAGACUAUUCUCUUCAUUUUGUGCAAAGAGCCCCCUGAGUGUGUCUAGCCCAGAGGGUACUGGUACCUGGCUGCAUUAUACCAGUGGUGUGGGUACUGGGCGUCGAAGACGCAGAUCAGGGGAACAAAUCACUUCUUCCCCUGUCUCCCCCAAAUCAUUGGCUUUCACAUCCAGUAUUUUUGGCUCAUGGCAACAGGUUGUACCUGAAAAUGCUAAUUAUCUGCGAACCCCAAGAUCUCUUGUGGAACAGAAGCAGAACCCCACUGUAGGGUCUCACUGUGCGGGCCUGUUUAGCACCUCCAUGCUCGGGGGUUCUUCAAGUGCACCUAACCUACAGGAUUAUGCUCGUAUUCAUCGUAAAAAGCUGACUUCUUCUGGCUGCAUAGAUGACGCCACAUGCGGUUCUGCUGGUAAAAGGUUUUCUAUCUCAUUUGCUCGACACCCAACCAAUGGCUUUGAAUUAUAUUCCAUGGUGCCGUCUAUUUGUCCUCUAGAAACUCUUCACAAUGCCCUGUCAUUAAAGCAGGUGGACGAAUUUCUUGCUUCUAUUGCUUCUCCGUCAAAUGAAGUCCCGGGGAAGACUCCUGAAAAUCCCUCUACAGCUUUACGUAGUCCAGUAAUGAGAAGGAAAGUAUCUUUGAAUACAUAUACACCUGCAAAGAUCCUUCCAACACCACCAGCUACCUUAAAGAGUUCUAAAGCAAACAGCAAAACAGUUACCAGUGGACCUUCUAAUUCUGUUGCUUCUUAUGCCUCAUCUCGGAAAAAAAGCAUAGCUAGCAAAACAGAAAUGCAUGAACAAAAAAAAACUACUGGAAAAAAGAAAUGAAAUCGGAAGUGGGGUUCCUUAUACAUAAAAACUUUGUAUUCAAUAAUAAGAGACGUAAUAAAGUUUGACUAAAAUCUGUCAGAGAAAGUAAAUUUUCUUUCUCCUUAAACAUUUGUCUUUGUUUAAAAAUAUGUUAAACUUGCGUUUCUGUAUUCAUGUAAAGUUAUAUUAAACUAGGUGUUUUUUUUUUUUUUUGGUUUUUUUUUGGUAUAUAUUGAGUUCAGGGACUUUUCUUGAAAUCUGGAAAUGUUUAAAGCAAUGUUUGUUUGUAUUUUAUAAGUAGCAAGAAAUUACUGGUAUUAAAGGUUCAUCAUUCUUAAUAUGAUGUUUACCAUGUACCUGCUGUAAAGAAAAGGAACAUAAAAACCCAGCAAGCCUACACCAAUGUCACACUAUUACUGUUGUUUACUAAAGAAUCUAUAAGAUCCCCUCUAUACUCUUUCAUUUUCACAGGAUUUCAUCUUGCGUGUAAAGACGUGUAGCUUGAGUUAAAAUUUGAUGACCAGGAUUACAUAGGGGAUUUUUUUCUAAGUUUGUUUCCAAAGAUAUUCCAUUAACCAUUUAGAUUAGAAACCUCCUUCUCCCAAUUGUUAUACUUAGAUAUAUGCUGCACUAUUUAAUAACUGGAGUAUUAGCAAAUGGGUUAUUUUUUCAACCUGUGCUUUGAAUUUUUUUAAUUUUGAGUUAAGUAAAGUAUCUGGACAGCUGGGAUAACUACCUUUCUGCACAUAAUUUGUAGAAAAAAAUUCUUUUUUCUUACUAUAAGGUGCUUUCUGUUCAUCAGGAAAAUGUUUUGCUUCACAUGUUAGCAAGAAAGAUGUCUUUUGGAAUUUCUUUUUAAGGGGUAUAGUUGAUAAGUUUAUAAAUGUUACAUCUCUUUUUGGAGUUCUUUUUUGACCUAUGGAAUUCAGUUAAAAAAUGGAAGUUAUCAAUGUGAGAAGGUGAAUUGUAUAGUUGAUAUUAUAUGUAACACCUGUUUUUGUUAUUCCCAUUUCUAGUCUAUUAGUUGAUUUCAUUUAAAAAGAAAAAGAUUGUUCAUUUGAAAGAAACACUCUUUCUAAAUAGUUUGAUUUUGAAGAGCAAGUGAGAUUGCUGUGCUGUCAUUUUAUCUAUGAUGUAUAAAAAUUCCUUAUUCUUGGUGCUCCCCGAUGCACAAGUAAUCACGAACCACUUGAAAUGACUUAAACUGUAAAGCAAACAGUUCAACCUGAUAAGAAUUUCGUGCAUUGUCAGUCAGAUAAUUUCAAUUGCUAGAGCUCUAGCUUGAAGUUUGUUAAGGAAAAAAAAAAUUAUCCUAUGAGUAGAACUAUUAAAAUCUUAAAGAAACUCCAAACAAUAUAUAAAUUGACUUUAGAAAAGAAAAUUAUCUUAUGAGUAGAACUAUUAAAAUCUUAAAGAAACUCCAAACAAUAUAUACAGUGACUUUAGGUGGUGAGCAUGCUAAGAGGUACCAGAUGCAAAAAUGAACAAACAGUUGCAUUUGUAUAAGUUCAUAUACUUCCCAUGAAUGUUAAGUAUUAUAUGGAGACAUGUCUUGUAAACAGUUGAAUGUACCUAAACUUUCUGUAUGUGAAAAUGUUAUAUGUUCACUGUGGAAGUAAGGAAACUUUUUUUAUUUUUUAACUGAAACUGAAUUAAAAUGCUUUCUUUCCAGAAUCAAA